AUGGCGAGCAUGUCCUCGACCAUGGGCGCCUUCGCCGUUGCCUUGGCCCUGGUGGGGGCCCCCAAAGUCGUCGCCAGAAGCUGCGACGAGUCCGUGCCCUGCGGCGCGCUGGAUCUGCUGUUCUCCGGGCCCGGGUAUUCGGCCACCUACCGAAACACGUGGCCUGGCUGGUACAAUGCAGGUGGCUACGUCCUUGACGCGGCCGGGGUGAUGCUUUCCGGCAACGAUGGCAAGCGGGAGGCCUAUGAUACAGUAGGUUUGGUGGGCCUUCGCUUCGAGGACAGCGUCUACGGCUGUGGGCUGAGGGCUGACCUCAGGGGCUGUGACCUCACUCAUGAGAAAGGUGCGUUCCCUUCAUGA